CGCGGCCGGCCGCCAGAGCCCGCACCUGUCCCGCCGCGGCGGCCCGGCACCCGAGUCGCGCCACGUUCGGCGACAUCGGAGGCAGCGAGGGCACGGAGAACCGGCGGAGGCGAGGCCCGACCCGGAGGAAGCCGCGCGCGGCCCGAGGCCUCGGACCCUGAGCCCCACGUUCCACGGCACCAUGGCCCCAAAGCUGCUGUUGAUCCUCUGCCUGUUCUCGGGCUUGCACGCACGAUCCAGAAAGGUGGAAGAGGAUGAAUAUGAAGAUUCUUCAUCAAACCAAAAGUGGGUCUUGGCUCCAAAAUCCCAAGAUACAGAUGUGACUCUUAUUCUCAACAAGUUGCUGAGAGAAUAUGAUAAGAAGCUGAGGCCUGAUAUUGGAAUAAAACCCACCGUAAUUGAUGUUGACAUCUAUGUUAACAGCAUUGGUCCUGUGUCAUCAAUAAACAUGGAAUACCAAAUUGAUAUAUUUUUUGCCCAGACCUGGACCGACAGUCGCCUUCGGUUCAACAGCACAAUGAAAAUACUUACUCUGAACAGCAACAUGGUGGGGUUAAUAUGGAUUCCAGAUACAAUAUUCCGCAAUUCCAAAACUGCAGAGGCUCACUGGAUCACCACCCCUAAUCAGCUCCUCAGAAUUUGGAAUGAUGGGAAAAUCCUUUACACUUUAAGGCUCACCAUAAAUGCAGAAUGCCAGCUGCAGCUGCACAACUUCCCCAUGGAUGAGCACUCCUGCCCGCUGAUAUUCUCCAGCUAUGGCUACCCCAAAGAAGAAAUGAUUUAUAGAUGGAGAAAAAAUUCGGUUGAGGCAGCUGAUCAGAAAUCCUGGCGGCUUUAUCAGUUUGACUUCAUGGGCCUCAGAAACACCACAGAAAUUGUGAAAACAUCUGCAGGUGAUUAUGUUGUCAUGACUAUAUAUUUUGAAUUGAGUAGAAGAAUGGGAUACUUCACUAUUCAAACAUACAUUCCUUGUAUACUGACUGUGGUUUUAUCCUGGGUAUCAUUUUGGAUCAAAAAAGAUGCUACACCAGCAAGAACAGCAUUAGGCAUAACCACAGUACUGACCAUGACCACACUCAGCACCAUAGCCAGGAAAUCCUUGCCUCGUGUUUCCUAUGUGACAGCCAUGGACCUCUUCGUGACCGUUUGCUUCUUAUUUGUCUUUGCUGCUUUGAUGGAGUAUGCUACCCUCAACUACUAUUCAAGUUGUAGAAAACCAGCUAGCACUAAGAAAAAGACAUCGUUACUAUAUCCAGAUUCCUCAAGAUGGAUUCAUGAACGCUUAAGUCUACAAGCCCCCUCCAACUAUUCUCUCCUUGAUAUGAGUCCACCACCACCGGCAAUGGUUACCCUAAACAAUUCCGUGUACUGGCAGGAAUUUGAAGACACCUGUGUCUAUGAGUGUCUGGAUGGGAAAGACUGUCAGAGCUUCUUCUGCUGCUAUGAAGAAUGCAAAUCAGGAUCUUGGAGAAAAGGGCGUAUUCACAUAGACAUCUUGGAACUAGACUCAUAUUCUCGGGUCUUUUUCCCUACAUCGUUCCUGCUCUUCAACUUGGUCUAUUGGGUGGGAUAUCUGUAUCUCUAAAUUUUCCUCCUGGUGAAAAAAGAAGAGUGUUAGGUUUCCUUCUAAACUUUGGCCCUACCCAGACCAAUAGUGAUCAAUUGGAGUAGCAAGGAAAGAUACUACUCAGUUUAUCUGAAAUUAUGUAAUACCUUUGAGCAGCGUAGGAGUAUGUGGCAAAUAUUUCUAUUAUGUAUUUCAGGCUCACACAAACAUGCGAGCACACAAACAGGUUAAUUGAGUUUUAAAGUGAUAUUCUUGUUAAUUCUUACUGAAUCUGUAACGUGGAGAUAUAUUUUUCUGGAUAUUGGAAGCAGCUGCGAAUUUUCCUUGUGAAGAAAUCUGUGAAACCUACAAGCAAAUAUCUGA